UGGUGAAUAAUAAACCAAUGAGCUGAGAAUUUAGUUGGAUAAAGCUACAGUUUGCAAACUGAAAGCUGCUAAAACAAUCACAUUUAUUUUCCCUGGCCGUUCUGUUCAGUACGUUCAGUACACGAAUCACUUACUGACUGACUGAGAGGAAGAGAGUGACUCGGAGCUCCCGUUCAUGAUUCAGUUCAGUUCGUUCACCCAGAUGAUUCGUUCGUUUUGAACGAAUCGUUCACGAACGACACAUCACUAGUGUGCACAAAGUGUAUGAGGAAGUGAAAGCGCAGAUGGCAAGAACCAAGAAGGCGGAGCAAUCACAGAUAGCCCAAGAUACCUUGAACGAAACAUUCCGUCACUUUAUAGUUUGGAGAUACAUUGGUUCAUGAUUUACCGAGAAUUGAUUGUGCCAUUUUGGGAGAUCUUUGCAUUUUUUCUCCCAGCCAUCCUCUUUGGACUCCAAAGGAAUUUUGCUGUUUCUGGUCAUGGAUGAUUUUGUUUGUAAAAAAUUAAUCAAAUGGGGUCUCAGCAAUUGGAUAGGUAAAUUUCAAGAUCAAGGCAUUGAUGAGGAAAGUUUUUACUGUCUCGAUAAUGAUGACAUCAAAGACUUGAUCACAAAGGUUCUACCAAGGGAAAGAUUCAAGAAGCGACUCAAGUUGCUGAAGGUUUUGGCCAACAGUCACACAAGUGAUAACGGACAAAGAAAGUUGGAGCUUCAGGGGGAGUCCAGCAGAGGGCUAUCAUCAAACAAGAAACAACGGUGUGACACCACAUACCAAGAAAAAUAUAUACUUUCUGAAGUGAAAAACAUCAUUGAAUGUGUCCAUAGCAAACUGCUUCAUGGAGACAAAACAAUGCUCAAUGCCUUUCUAAAGGAAAGAAUCUGUGAUUUGGAGACAGAAAAGACAGAGCUGGUUGGUGUCUUUGGAAGAACAGGGGCUGGGAAAAGCUCUCUAAUAAAUGCUGUCGUCGGAGAGAAGGAUCUUUUGCCCUCAGGAAGUGUCAGUGCUUGUACAACAGUCAUCAUUAAGGUGGAGGCUAACAAGCAGAACCAGAACUAUGAGGCAGAGAUUGAAUUCAUCCAAAAAGAGGAGUGGGAGCUGAAGCAAGUUUUAUUAUACUUGUCUACUUUCAUUGAAAAUGUUGCAGAAGAGGAAGACGCUGAUGAAUAUAAUGAUGCUGUUGAAAUACUGUCAGCACUGUAUGGAGAAGAGUGGAGAAACAACUAUUCUGAAGAAAGUCACAUGAACGACAAACAUUUCAGAGAAAUUCCAGAAUUUCUCAAUUCUAAGAAGAAAACCUUGACCUCUGAAUCAGCUAAAGAGCUGUCUGCAAAACUUGUCAAAUAUACAAGAAGCAGCUCAGAGGACGGAGAUGCUAAAGAAGUGAAGAGGUGGUUUUGGCCCCUGGUGAAGUGUGUGACAAUCAGGGUGCCAAAUAAUGACCUUCUUCAGAAUGUCACACUUGUUGAUCUACCUGGAAAUGGGGACCGCAACAAAGGAAGAGAUAAAAUGUGGAAAGGGGUUGUCGAAAGUUGUUCCACUGUGUGGAUCGUGACGGACAUUAACAGAGCAGUAUCAGAGAAAGAGCCAUGGGAGAUUCUGAAGAGUGCCAGCAGCCUUAUUGGAAAUGGUGGCCAAUGUCAGCACAUUCACUUCAUCUGCACCAAGUCUGAUGUAAUUGAAGACUCAGAUGAUCUUUCAGUAGCUGGUGUUCGUGCUGCCAUUUUUAAAAGAAACACGCGAGCCAAGGAGGAAGUGAGGAGAGAAUUCCGAAAAAUAAAGGAGGUUAAGAAACAUUUCAGUGAUGACUGUUUCAAAGUGUUCACUUUGAGCUCCAAAGAGUUCCGCAGGAAUAAAUGGCUAAAACCAAAUGAAACUGAAGUCCCUGAGCUUCAGGAAUUUCUGCAAAAUCUAAACAACUUUCACUCAGAGACACUGAACUACGUGGCUGGAGGGUAUGGAAUUCUGUCGCUAAUUCAAGGGGCUGGAUGUAGAGAAGUGGCUGGCAUCCAAGCAGAUGUGUGCGCAGACCUUGAAGAAAACCUGAGAUGUGGUCUUAAAAAAGUCUCAGAGUCCAUGCUAAAGGCCUUAGAUCCUUUUAAAAACUGCCUCAUCAAGGCAGUUGAAAAAUCCAAAAGUUCAUGUGAAAGUGCCUUGCAGUCAUUCCUAAAACCUGAGGGGGUCCCAGGAAGUGCUUUUCACAGGACAUUGAAGUGUGUAGUCGCAAACAAUGGCGUCUACAAAACAAGAAAAGGAGAAGAACAAAAUCUAAAUGAGAAACUAGCUUCAUGCCUAACAGAGAGCAUUGAUGAGGAAUUUAUGAAGACCUUCCCAAAUGAAUCAAAAUGUGAACCUUUAAACGGGGCCAUCAGUUCCUUUUCACUUGACACAGGGUUGCUAGUUGAAAAGUACAAAGAUGUGCAACUGCAACUGGAAUUUCUCAUGACAGAGGAGGAAAAAGUGAGGAAAAAAAUCAACAAAAUCAUCCGGGAGCGUAAGAAAGAAAUAUACAGCUGCCUGACAACAACAAUUGUGGAAACGAUGCGAAAAUGCUACGAAGAUGCCCAACAAUGUAAAGGACCAGGCUCACUAAAAGUCAUGAGGACCAUCAUUGAGCAGCAUGUUCAUGCUAAGAAGGACGUCAUGUUUGAGGAGGCUAAAGAUGCGAUGAUGUCAAAACUGCAAAACUUGAUGGAGGACAUCCUGAAGAAACUGAAGGAAACAAUGCAGGUUUCUAUUGAGCUGUCACUCAGGACAGAUGAUGAAUCACUUCCAGAUGUCAAAGAGGAACUUGCAACGGUGACAAAAUACUAUAAUAAACUAAAGGAAAACAGGGAUGAAGAAAUAUUGCAAAUUAGGUAAAACACGUCUAAAUAAUGGCCUAGUUUUAAACGGUUAUUCCCUGCUGUCUCGAGAUGUUGCCUCCUUGCUGUUCUCCAGUGAUUUCACCCUCCUCUCUAGCAUCAUGUGACUUUGAUUGUCUGUAUUUUACUUUUUUCUUUAUACCCUGCUAAUUAAGCUGAAAGCUAAGCAGUACAUUAUUGACCUGCAAUCGAUAAAUGGGAAGAGCACAAGUCUAUAGGACCUUCAGACUUGUGCAGUUGAAGAGAGGGGUAGACAGCAUCAGUGGACAGUAAGAAUAGUUUCACCCCAACCAGGAAGACGCAAUCAUGAAGAGCGAGUACAUGGAAAUUGAUCUGAACAAAAAUCGGCAUAAACCAACCCUUUGUUUUUCCGAAUUAAGUUUGUAUAUUAAUGUGCCGGGUUGGAUCAGUCUCUUCCAAUUUAUGUUUUUACAUAGAGUAUUUUUUAUUGCUGAGUAUUACAACCUUUAUUUUUCAAUCAGUGAUGGAUAUUUCAGGUUUGCUAGGUGAAAAGAAACAGGCUGCGGCCUGUUUAUCCCCUGAGGGGACCACUGGGCACAUUGAACAGUAAUAUGAGGCCUUUGGGUGAGGUUAUAACCCUUUUGUCAACUGAUUUCUGCUGUUUCAACACAUUGGUUGUUUGUUUUUAUUUGAUGAGUUUAAUACAAGCGGCAAUCUCCAGUGAUACAUUUUUUUUUUACCAAAACAAAGAACAUGUAUACAACCUGGUUAAAAAAAUGAAACUGGUCUGAUUAGCUCAUGUCUCUCGAUCAUCACACACUGUGCGGUAGAUUAAUUUUUCAUCAGUCUAUUAGUAUAUCGCCAAUUUAUAACAAAUGUUAUCUUAAGACACUUUGCAAAAGAGCAGGUAAAAGACCUUCUCUUCGUUAUAUUGCAAAAGAUCAAGUAAAAUACGUUAUUCGUUAUAGUUACAAAAGAACUAACAUAUUUCAUCAUGAGCACAGCACUGAGCAAUAGUUUUUUAUAACUCAUCCAUUUUGAUUUUAUGAAGGAUGCGAGUUAUUCACAAUAAGGAACGUUGCUGACCUGAUUGUCAGACAGGCGUUAUGUAACGGUUCGUAAAGAGGCUAAAAACCCGUCGUUAGGUUGACUGAAAGUUAGGGGACAAAUGAGGCAGCUUUUCCAGCAUGGCAACAGCUAUAUUGACUCUUAAUCCCCCUGCAGUAACAGGUGGCGUCACUUUGUUCAUUAAUAGUCUAUAUGGUUUAAUAGUGGAUGAAUGCACUUCAGUUUAACUACGGUAAUUAUAUGGGUGUUGAAUCUAUUUUUUCUGUAAUGACAUAAAUCUGCUGUUUACUGUGACAUAUGUUUAAUAUUUGUGUUUAUAUUUAUAUUUAGAAAUGGAAGUUAUUAAUAACAGACCAUCUUAUUUGGUUUGCUGAUAUACUGUACAAUGCUAUUUUAUUUUUUAUUCCACUGAUUGAAAAUCAGUACUUUGUGGAACCGCAUGCAAUAAAAGUGGAUUCAAUGUUGACUAAAAGUG